AUGGGUAAAAAUCAGCCCAGCGGGCCAGAUGCCAAGCUGUGCAUUGAGGAGCUCGCCAGCCGCGGACAAGAGCCAUGCAGAGCCACAAAGCAGGAGGCCGUCCUGUGCAGGAAGGGUAGCACGGUUAUCACGAGCCAGGUUAUCGGAAAGAGUGAAGAUACUGUAACUUCUUGCGGAAAUGUUGCUGUUUCAGCCGGUCGGAUCAUGGAUAAAUGUUAUCAUCAAGACAAUACUGUCGUUGGAUUCGCUAUUGCGAUGGGGACAUACACCUUUCGGGUAGAUAUUCGGCCUGCGUAA